AUGGAGCUGCCAACUUCUCACCAAUUUGAUAACCCGGGGCGAUGGCCGCUCUGGGAUGACGACGGGAGCGGCGAGGGUCCUCUCGACCGGGAGACCUUCGACGGCCCUCUAGACUUCAAUACCUUCGAGGGUCUCCAUUUGGAUACUUUCGAGAACUACUCGCUCGAGAACCUUCCCGCGGAUUGGCCAGUGCCACUACACAACUACCCUGUGGCCUCGAAAUCUCAGCUCGACAGCAAUAUCAGGGCCCCUGUUCCGCCAGCACUUAACGUGUCGACCACCCAGCCCAUGGAGCUUAGUCCGUCCAUGGAAUCUCUCCCCGGCCUGGCCUCGCCUGUCAGCUUGUACAGCAACACGACGUAUACUUCGCCUCCCAUGGGCUGGAAAGACAUCCAUACCCCGCUAGCAUCGACAAUGUUCCCUUCGUUGCCAUUAGAUGUCGGGCUGUCUCAUGGCACGCUAAUUGGGAUGAGUCAGGCUUUCACCUCGGAAAUGUACACCGUCUUACCAAACACCAACCUCCAGUCGUCACCCACAGCAAGCCAAGACACAGGACAAGAAGCUGCCACGUCCCGGGAGCUGACCAUGGAAGAUCGUCCAUCUGGAGUCUCCGCACGCGAAUGGCGCAAAAUAAUCCGCCCCGAGAAAUGCCCCGUCUGCGGCCUCGGCCACACCUACCCGAAUGAGCGGAACAAGCACAUCGCUGCACGGCACCGCGAGGUGGCCGGGCAGUACGGCGUGCCCACGACACGCCCCCGCUGCGGGUGGUGCGCGAGGACGUUUGCAAGAGGGGAUCAUUUAACGCGGCAUUUGAGCAGGAGUCAUUCGCGGGAAGCGGGGAGAAGGAAAGGGGGGAGGGGGAAGAAGAAGAAAAAUGAGGGGAGGGGGCGAGUAUGA